AUGAUAUUCUUUGCUGCGGCCUUGAGCGCCAUAUUGGCCAUUGGUACAACGGCUUCUUCACCACAGAGCUACCAUCAACCAACCUCCAAGGGGUUUCGCAUGCAACAUGGCUUUGAGACCAUAUUAGUCCAGCCCUUUGGCUAUGACGGCUUCCGUGUACGUGCAUGGCCUUUCCGCCCGCCAACCGGCCAGGAAAUUGGCUUUGUUUACGAUCCUCCGCUUGAAGGCCCAGAGGACGGAAAGGCCCAUGGCAUGAGUUUCGAUACUGCGUUCACUGGAAACAAUUCCGAAGAGCUACGCAAUGGGAAUAUGAUUGUUCGUACUUCCGGCGGGGCGGGAAACCCGGGGGGGUAUCGUUUAGCCUUCUAUCGGGUAGAGGCCGAUGGCACCGAAACUCUGCUCACCAACGAGUAUGCACCUCUCAAGUCGGUUAAUCCUCGCUAUUACUCUUGGACUGGCCCAGGGAGCGAAUUCGCUGCCGAGUUUUCGUUCAGCACGACCCCCGAUGAGCAGAUAUACGGAACUGGCACCCAACAAGACCAUCAAGUCAACAAAAAGGGUUCAACAAUUGAUCUCAUCAAUUUCAAUACACACAUUCCGACCCCGGUGUUCAUGAGCAACAGAGGAUAUGGAUUCAUCUGGAACAUGCCGUCGACGGGUCGAAUGGAAUUCUCCACCCUGAGAAAUCGAUUUACCUCCGACGCUGCCAGUGUUGUCGACUAUUUCAUCGUGAGCUCGACGCCGGGAAAUUAUGAUGUACUGCAACAACGUCUAUCCGCGCUUACCGGUCGAUCCCCUCGUCCCCCACCCUGGUCUCUCGGCUAUAUCCAGAGCAAACUUCGUUAUGAAAAUCAGUCUGAAGUUGUUUUACUGGCAGAGGAAUUCAACAAGCGCAACAUCCCGGUGUCCAUGAUUGUCAUUGAUUAUCAAUCAUGGGCUCACCAAGGAGACUGGGCUCUGGAUCCACGUUUAUGGAGCAAUGUUACCGAGAUGGCGGCUCAAGUGAGGAACUUCACCAACGCGGAGAUUAUGGCUUCUUUGUGGCCUAGCGUGGCUGAUGAUAGUCUGAACUACCUUGAGAUGAUGACUCAAGGGUAUCUCACAGCUACGCGCUCUGGUCCCGGGACUACCGAUUCUUGGAAUGGAUCGUACAUUAGGAAUUAUGACGCCACUAACCCCGAAGCUCGGCAAUUUCUGUGGGAAACUCUGAAGCGCAACUACUUCGACAAGGGGAUCAAGAAUUUCUGGAUAGACCAGGCAGACGGAGGGGCACUGGGUGAGGCGUACGAAAACAAUGGCCAGAGCUCAUACAUUCAAUCUGUUCCAUUCCCAAUGCCUGAUGUUAUGUAUGCUGCUGGCACCCAGCGAAGUGUCGGCAAGCUAUACCCCUGGGCGCAUCAGCAAGCUAUUGAAGAGGGAUACCGAAAUGCUACAUCAAGUGAGAUAGGAACCCCCUGUGAGUAUAUUUCCCUAAGUCGCUCGGGUUACAUUGGCUCCCAGAGAUUUUGCAGCGUUAUCUGGUCUGGGGACACGACUGCAGUCUGGGAGACUCUCAGCGCACAAAUUGCAAGUGGCCUUUCUGCUGCUGCAACCGGCUGGGGCUGGUGGACUGUGGAUGCAGGUGGUUUCCAGGCUGACCCCACCGUUUGGUGGUCUGCGAACAUCGAUACACCUGAAUAUCGAGAACUGUAUCUUCGCUGGUUUCAAUGGACCACAUUUUUGCCAUUUAUGAGGACGCAUGGAUCUCGGGCAUGCUAUGUACAGGGCGCUUAUACCUGCGCCAAUGAGCCAUGGUCGUAUGGUGAACAAAAUACUCCUAUUAUCGUCUCCUACAUUCACCUUCGUUACCAGUUGGCCUCUUACAUCCAGGAGGUUUUCGCUCAGUUUCACCUCACUGGUCGCAUGAUCAUGCGCCCUUUGUAUAUGGACUUCCAGUCAUCGGAUUCACGGAUUGCCGAGUUGACGCAGAAGAACAAUAAUGUCACAACCCAGCAGUACAUGUUUGGGCCACGACUUUUGAUCAGCCCCGUUACUGUCUCCAAUGUUUCGGAAUGGUCUGUAUAUCUUCCGGAUGUGGCUGGGAAUUCGACUGCAACUUCUGCGCUGCCCUGGACCUAUUGGUGGACAAAUCAGACAUACGCAGGUGGCCAGACUGUGAAGGUUCAAGCGCCGAUUGAACACAUCCCUGUCUUCCACCUAGGUUCACGCAGCGACAUUAUUGGUGGAAAGGUGUUUUCUUAA